GCCGUUUUCCAUCUAUUUGCCUAUCGCUUUCUCGGUGUUUUACCCUCACCAUACCGUGCUUUACUUAGAAAAUGCGGUUUCCCCUAGUCUCUUGUGUUUUGUCUCUUUUCACAUGCACUUAAUUGGCUUCUGUAAAACAAAAAAAAAGAAAAAAUAAUUGCAAACAUUCGCUGUACUGACAAUGUUUUCAAUAGUAAGAAGUUUGCUCCUACUUCGGUUAUUUACCUGUGCUUCGAGCAUUCCAGCCGUUAUCAGAGUUGGAGCUAUAUUUCCCAAGCAACCCAUCAAAUAUAAUUCCGAGUUGGCGUUUCGUUACGCGAUUCAUAGAUUAAAUAAUGACAAGAGUCUAUUACCAGAAACAAUCGUUGACUACGACGUGGAAUAUGUAAGCCAACAUAACUCUUUUGAGACUGCUCGGAAAGUGUGCCGUCUGUUAGGAGCUGGCGUCCAAGCUGUCUUUAGUCCAGCUGAUUCCGUGUUGGCAGCGCAUAUAAAUUCAAUAUGCGAUGCAUUAGAUAUCCCUAAUAUAGGACGUAGCGCCCAUGACUUCUCCAUUAACGUUUAUCCAUCGAAAGAAUAUGUGAAUCAGGCCUUCAUUGAUGUCAUACGCUACCUAAACUGGACGCGAUUUGGAAUAUUACAUGAAAGGGAAUAUGGAAUUAUAGAUUUACAUCAAAUCUCGCGCUCUGUUCAGGCUGAAGUCCACAUGCGCCAAGUUUCUCGAGGCUCAUACCUUUCUAUAUUGAACGAUUUUAAGAACAAAGAAAUACACAAUGUUAUAAUUGAUACAAGUUCCGAUGGCAUAUCAAUUUUGUUGAAGAAUAUAUUACAGCAACAAAUGAAUGAAUAUAAAUACCAUUAUUUUUUUACCAGCUUCGAUCUGGAAACCUAUGAUAUGGAGGACUUUAAAUAUAAUUUUGUGAAUAUAACAUCGUUUCGUUUGGUGGACAUAGGGGAUGUGGCAGUUAAGCAGAUUUUAAAGGAUAUUGAAAACUAUGGUCAUCACAUAUUCCAAUCGCCAGAUUUUAGUCAGCAUUCAAGAAAAUCCUUUUCCCUCGAGUCUGAACCAGCAUUAAUGUUCGAUUCAGUUUUCGUAUUUGCUAUGGGCUUGCAGACACUAGAACAAUCGCAUAUUUUGGAUUUAUAUAAUGUGACCUGCGAUGCGGAAAUACCAUGGAACGGUGGCUUGAGCCUAAUUAAUUACUUGAAUGCGGUUGAAUGGAAAGGUCUGACAGGACCCAUUCAAUUUAAAGAGGGGCAGAGAAUUCAGUUCAAGCUAGACUUAAUCAAAUUAAAGCAACACUCUAUUGUUAAAGUUGGCGAAUGGACGCCGCAUGGACACCUCAAUAUUACCGAUCCAUCAAUGUUCUUUGAUUCCGGCUCUAUGAAUGUAACACUCGUAGUCAUAACUAUACUGGAAACGCCGUAUGUUAUGAUGCAUUAUGGAAAAAAUUUUACAGGCAACGAAAGAUUUUAUGGGUUCUGCGUAGAUAUUUUGGAAACAAUUUCACAUGAAGUUGGCUUUGGAUAUAUUUUAGAUUUGGUUCCCGACCGAAAAUACGGAGCCAAGGAUCCAGAAUCUGGUGAAUGGAAUGGAAUGGUGGCUCAAUUGAUGAAAUACAAAGCUGAUUUGGCAGUGGGCUCAAUGACAAUUACCUAUGCGAGAGAGAGUGUUAUUGAUUUCACGAAACCCUUUAUGAAUCUGGGAAUAAGCAUAUUAUUUAAGGUUCCCACUUCUGAGCCAACCCGAUUAUUUUCAUUCAUGAAUCCUUUGGCUAUAGAAAUCUGGAUAUAUGUGCUAAUGGCAUAUAUUCUCGUGUCCAUCUGUAUAUAUUUGGUGGGAAAGAUAUCACCCAUCGAGUGGAAAUAUAUAAAUCCGUGCGAUUUCAAUAAUAUUACGAUCGGUAAUCAGUUUACAUUAUCAGAUAGUUUCUGGUUUACAAUUGGAACUUUAAUGCAACAGUCACCCGAUAUAUACCCGAGAGCUAUUUCAACACGUAUAAUUAGUAGUAUUUGGGGAUUCUUCUCGUUGAUUAUUGUGGCCUCAUAUACCGCCAAUUUGGCAGCAUUUUUAACCACUGAACGCAUGAUUAAUCCCAUUGAAAAUGCCGAGGAUCUUGCAAGCCAAACAGAGAUAUCUUACGGAACUUUGGAUAGUGGCUCCACGAUGACGUUUUUUCGCGAUUCAAUGAUUGAGACAUAUAAAAAAAUGUGGCGGAGUAUGGACAACAAAAACCCAUCUGCAUUUACUACUACAUAUGAGGAUGGAAUUAGAAGGGUUAACCAAGGCAAUUACGCCUAUUUAAUGGAAUCCACGAUGCUUGAUUAUAUCGUUCAGCGAGAUUGUAAUUUGACACAAAUCGGAGGUUUGCUGGAUACGAAAGGAUAUGGAAUUGCUACACCAAAGGGAUCGCCAUGGCGAGAUAAGAUAUCGUUGGCCAUUCUAGAGCUACAGGAAAAGGGAGACAUUCAAAUGCUGUACGAUAAAUGGUGGAAGAACACUGAUGAGACGUGUACCAGAAAGAGUCCAAGCAAACAAUCGAAAGCCAAUGCCCUGGGACUCGAGAGCAUAGGUGGCGUAUUUGUCGUACUAAUUGCCGGAAUUUUGGUUGCCGUCGUCGUUGCCCUUUUUGAGUUUUGGCUUAAUUUUCGACAUAACCACGAACCGAAGGCUGUACCUUGUUCUGAUUUGUUGCCGGGUGGUAAAACUGUUCCGGAAACUAAUGAAAGGACAUAUAUACAACCGAAACGCUGCUUCUGGAUAGAGAUUUUCGAAGAGUUACGUUAUGCAUCGUGGUGUCUGAACAAGCCAAAGAGGCCAGAGCUAAAUAGAGUGUGCAGUAAAUGUAAGAAUACAUCAAAGCCAAUUAUAUAGCGAUAUAUUUAUUAUGUAAAUGUAUGUUAAAUGUGUAUCUAUCUUUAUCGUCUGGAAAUGAAUUUUUUUUUUAACUUGUCUAUCAAUAAAUGUGUG